AUGCCUCCACCAGGAAGCGCUCCGCACUUCAAUGCCGGACAGAACCAGACAGAGACCACGGAACCCUACUACAGCAAUGAAGAUGUCGCGAUUCUGCACGACAUCGUGGUGUUGGCGCAAGAGCUCUUCCCAAAGCUACCGGAUCGCGAGAGACUGCCAACAAACGCGUUAUUUGGUGCAUACUAUGAUGUGCUCUCCCGUGUCGGAGUCGAUACGGAUCAUGAUAAUCGAUAUGCUCGGGUUCUGUUCAAGAUCGGAGGACAAAGGGGUCCCGCGACCAUGUACGAGAAGUUCGAGGCGGUCCUGGCUAGGAUGGGCAUCGAGAUCGAAUACGACCAGGAUAACCAAGAGGAUGGCCAGGAACAUAGCAAGCUGGCAGACUCGCACGUUGGAACUGAGGGUACCGCAGCCAGCGAAAGGUUCGCCACGAAUGAUGACAAGAACGCGCACCGGAAGCAAAGGCGCAAUUCAGAAAGCUCAGCUUGGGAUGUGGGCAUCGAUGUCAAAUCACAACCGACAACACGGCGCAACUCAUUCUCCAUCGUUGGAAAAGACCAUUCUCGAAUCGUCAUUGAAAAGGAGAUCUUCCAGCCGGGUCAGCAAGCACUCCUCGCUACCCAAGAAAAUAAUGCCAGACCGCCCAUCUCAAAGACAAAGAAUACCGACCACAGCGUUGGAGCCUGGCUGAACGCGAGCUGCGAAAGACCGCGCACACCUCGCAGCAGAUCUGUUUCAUCCCAUGGUAGCAUGCGAGCUCGAAAGCAAUCAACGUUGCAAGACCACGAGCAGCACCACCAUAGAGCAACAACUCCAUCUGUACCCCUGUCAGAAUACGACCUAACUAGCAGCGAAAUAACUGCUGCUACUUCUGCAUUCGAGGAGGAGACUGUACCAAAUUGGACGCAGGCAGUCGUUCACAGACCCGCGCCAAAAGCCGAAGCCUUGCUCGCGAUCAAAGCAGCUUUAUUUUACCAAGCGCAACUCGAGGCUUUGGUGAAGAAGCGAUUGCGGAGUUGGAAGGACAGAGCUCGCGAUCUCAAGCAGGACAAUCUUGGUCUCGAGUUGAUAGCGACAGAUCACGACCAAAAAGCACUUUCCCAAUCAGCCUUUGAUUCAUGGCGCCAUGCGUUCCUGGCGAAGCGCAAAGCCGCAGAGUUGGAACGGUUUCAAGCACGUCGUGAACAACAAGCUUGGGAGUCGAGAGGGAACUAUUUAUUGCAAACAUCCUUCUAUCACUGGCUGCACGUUGCCAACUUUCAUAUUCGCCGCACAGCCCUCGCAAGAAAGCUGGUAGUAAGCACCCGAGUUCUCAAUGCUUGGAAGGACAUCACAGCUGUUAAUGAGCUCAAAGUCCGCCGCCAAGUUCUCAUGAAGUUCUUUGGUGUGUGGAAGCGACAGCACGCAAAUUCCGUGGAGGAAUUCACACAGGCCGUCCAAAAGUACGAGGGCAAUUUGAUAGAGAAAGUCUACCGGUUGUGGGUUCGGAGUCUGUGGGAGAUGAAAGCGACCAAGUGGAGGACAGAUAAAACUAGGAGGAGGGUCUUAUUUCGAUGGAUCGUUGUUUCGCAUAACAACUGGGAGAAUCGCAAUUCUGCUGAAGAAAAACGAAAGCUCGACUUGGCAUGGCAUGCGUGGAAACUUUGGAGAACUAGGGCGGAGGAUCAGUGGCGCUGUGGUCAAGAGGCAGAUGCACAUUAUCAUGGAAAUGUUCUUCGCCCCUAUUUGAUCAAAUGGCGCAAAGAAACAAAAAUUAUACCAGCGAUCAUUACGGUUCAAUCGAAAGCAGCUGUAGGAACACUUCGAGACACCUUUGGGAUUUGGAAGUACCGUGCUCGCCAGGAAAGGGAGGCAGCCACAAUGGAUCGCAUGAAGAUAUUGAAGGAAGCUCUGACUGUGUGGCGUUAUAAACACCUGUCAACCAUACUUGCUGCCCGUAUCGAUCAUCGCGUCUUGGCUGGGGCUUUCUCGUUGAUGCGCCUUCGUGAAGCAAGGAUUUUGUUUGGUCGGCAUCACAGGCUGAGGAACUCUCGGGCCGCCUUCGACUUCUGGAAGCAAAGAAUGGAGGACGCCAGGCGACGGAGAUUGACACAGGAAGACCUGGCUAGAUCACUUAUUGCUCAGAAGACCAAGAUCGAUGUUUUACACACUUGGGCAUUUCGCACAGACACGAAGCAACGACUGGAAGUUGUAGCGAUGGACCAUCACCAUCCACGUCUUUUGCAAGGCUCGGUGACGAAAUGGUCCACGCGGGCCCGGCACCUCCAAGAGCUGGACAGACGGUCACAGGAUGCCAACUAUUACCUUGUUCUUACGAAAGCACUCAGACAAUGGAAAGUCUCCGCGGAACAUUCAAGGAGAGAGAAGCGGAGGGCCGCCUAUGCCCAAGUCAGGCGAGCGGCAAAAAUUAGCCUGAUACGAGGUGUAUUGCACACUUGGCAAGAUAAGGCACGGCAAACUACGAAAUUGCACUCACAAGCCGCUGAAGUGAUUGAGAACAAAACUGUCAUUCUUGCAAUGGAUCUCUUUGACCGUUGGAAAGCUCGUGCAGAGGAGGUUACCGAACUUGACGGCUUGUGGCGGGAGAACAUAUUGCAGAAGCAUUUCACGUCAUGGAAAAAUCGUUCCAGCGCGGUUCAGGCUCUGGAGACGGAAGCAGUCCUCAAUUACCAGGAGCAUCGAGAAAGUCGAGCUGUGAAGCAAUGGAGUCUUCUUGCACUCAAGGUCAGAGCCCAAGUCAACUACGCAACCAAUAUCCGUGAGAAGAAUGCGAAGAAGAACUUCAGGAAGAUAUUCUCGUACUGGCGCCAAAAGGCACUCCAGAACCGACCGGGGAAGAGGGUAAUCUUCGUAGAAUCGAGUCAAUUUGGUGCGAAGGCAAAAUUCGAAGCAUUUUCGGAAUUUGAGGAAGACCUUGAACUGGAUGAGUGGGCGGAAGGGCUCGAUGAGACGGGUGCUGUGUCUACACCACUUCCAGGGUACCUGAGCACCCCAUCCAGAAGAUCCGAGAGAGUGAUGGCCGUGGCUGCAAGGUUCUCAACGACUCCAAAGGCGCCUCUCUCAACGCCCUUUGAACGACAGCUACGGGCACAGUGGUCCGGAGGCGUCCCAUCCCUUCGAAAGCCAAAGGCUCGAAGCGCGUCAGGCAUUGAAAAGGACUUUGCCGAUAUACCAGAGAAUAAUAUGAGUGAUGAGCAAGAGUCAUGA